AAAGAGAGAAAACGAAACCAGCUCCCUCUCUCCCUCCCUUCCCGGUGACUCUGCCAUGGCUGCUUCUGGGGGUCCCGUCCGGGAUCUCCGCGAGGAAGCCACUUGCCCCAUCUGCCUGGAGUAUUUCAGGGAUCCAGUGAUCAUCCCGGAGUGCGGGCACAACUUCUGCCGAUCCUGCCUGAUCCAGUGCUGGGAGAAAUCCGAGGGAGAGGCUUCCUGCCCUCAGUGCAGGGAAACAGUGGAGCAAGGCAGCAUCAGGAGAAACCAGCAGCUGGCAAAUGUUGUGGAAAUAGCCAAGAAAUUCAGCCAUCUGGGCGGGAAAAAGGAGGGAGAAGGAAAAGGAAGGGUCUGCGAGAAGCACCAGGAGCCCCUGAAGCUCUUCUGCCAGGAGGACCAAAGCCCCAUCUGUGUGGUGUGUAAUGUAUCCAAGGAGCACAAAAGCCACGAGGUGGUUCCUUUAGAGGAGGCGUCCCAGGAGUACAAGGAUCAGAUCAGCAGCUGCCUAGACAAUGUGAGGAAGGAGAGAGAGAAAAUUCUCGUAUUUAAAGCAGACACAGAAAAGGAAAGCCAAGACCUGCUUAAACAAAUGGAAGCAGAGAGGGGAAAGAUGGUGGCUGAGUUCAGGCGACUGCACCAGUUUCUGGAAGAACAGGAGAAACGUAUUCUGGCCCAGAUGGCAGAAGUGGAGAAGGAGAUUGCAGCCCAAAGGGAGGAGCACCUGGCCAGACUCUCCAGGGAACUCUCCUCUCUUGACAGCCUCAUCCGGGAGAUGGAGGAGAAGCUUCAGGAACCAGCGAGUGAACUCCUGCAGGAUAUUGGAAGCUUCUUGCAGAGGUCUCAGGAGAAGGAGAACUUAGAGGAUCCUCCUGUGGCUUUUCCUCCUGCCCUGAAGUGGAAGAUCUGGGACUUCAAAGAUAUAAAUCCCUUCCUGGAGGGAGUCAUGGAAAAAUUCAGAGACACUGUGGAAUAUGGACUUCAGCUGCAAAAAGAAAAUGUAACUUUGGAUCCAGACACAGCACAUCCCCGCCUCAUCCUGUCUGAGGAUUGCAAGAGUGUGAGAUGGGGGAAAAUCUAUCAAGACCUGCCAGACAACCCUGAGAGAUUUGACACAUAUGCCUAUGUACUGGGACGUGAGGCGUUCAUGGAAGGCAGACAUUUCUGGGAGGUCAUUGUGGGAAGAGAGGAGGGGUGGGGGGUGGGGGUGGCCAGAGAGUCUGUGAAGAGGAAGGGUGAGUUCUGUUAUGAUACUAGGGAAGGGAUCUGGGGUUUGGGGAAGUGGGACGGUGUGUACAAGGUAUGCUUCCCCCAUGAGGACUUUGUUCCAAGUGAGGAGCCUGAGAGGAUCCGAGUGACCCUGAACUGUGAAGGGGGGUGGGUGUCCUUUUACGAUGCAGAUACAGCAGCCCUUCUCCACGCAUAUCCGGCAGCCCCCUUCUCAGGAGAGACCCUCCAGCCCUUGUUUUACGUGGGCAAGAACGAGAACAUGAGACUCUCUUGACUGAGGGUGCAGACAGGCAAGUGUAUAUUCAUUGCCAUUAUGACAUAUUCAGUCUCCUCUUCAGGACUGAGCUGACAGGCACUUAAGAAGAAACCUUAUUUGCAGAGCUGUGAUUGGUCAUCCCUUGUGUCAAUCAUGAUGCAACUCUCCCUUCUCAGGCCAGCUUUGUAAAUGACACUGAUGGAUUGGGUCCCCUGUCAGUCCCCAAACUUGCCUGUUCUCUCUCCCUUGGGAAUUGGCUACUUCUGUCGAUGCAGGAAGUGCAAAGGGGGAAGGAAGCAAGAAAAUAAUUUAGGAAACAACAGCAACCCCACACAUUCCUGUUUCGAUGUAGUUCUCUCUACUACCUCCAAAUUGAGAUUUCUAGAGACAAUACCAUCAUCUUUUCUGAAUAAAAUCAGAAUUCUGCACAGGCAUCACUUAAAACCUUCCUCAGCCUCAAUCCUGCUCUCAGAUUCCCUUUUCUCCCCCCAAGCCU